ACGUUUCCCACGCCGCCCCGUUGUGCGUGGUCACUUCUGUCGUAGUCGUUUUGUGCCAAUUGCGGGAUAUUUUUCCAAGGCGGCACAAUCACACGGCUCGUAUAAGGUGGGCUGCUGUUGGCCGACGCCUCGCUGUAUCCCGUGUUGCGCAAACCACGGUUCUCGCACCGUGCAUCAACCCUGUCUCUCUCCUCCGCCCCGGCCCUCCCUGAGCUCACGCCCGUCUGCGGCCCUGCAACGUUCGCUGACCCUUUGUGGCGCUCUCGCCGCGCAGCUGCUUCGAUCCAGUCGCAAUUCAUCCGCAUUAUCGAGGAGAGCAGAACCCCACCGCUCACCGCCGCGAUGCCUGCCAAAUUCAAGCCAUUGACGCUUGCGCCCAUUAACUUUUCGCUCACAGAGGGCACUUCGAUUCCCGCACCGCUCGACUCGCCGCCCGAGACGCCUCGCCCUCCCACACCGGGCAAGGGACCUCUCUCAUCGCAUCCCACGCCCAAGUCACCCGGCUUUCCACCAACACAAGUCGGCUUGCCCAAUGGGAAGGUAUCUGAGGACUCGGUAGCACCAGAGCCUCCAGUGACCCGUGGACGGACGAGCGACGCAGCAGAUGGCGGUCUGUCGCCUACAAGCCCUGGCUCACAGAACCGCCGGCCGUCUUCGGUGCGACAGUUCUUGGGUAUCCGCACAUCAAGGGACAGUCUGCAGCCGGAGGAGAGGCCCGGGUCGCCUGCUACCAUAAGCGGGCAGCCCAGUCUCUCGAGGAAAAAGAGCAGUAGCUGGUUCGGCAGCAAAAGGAAGAGCUCGUACUUUGGGAGCGUGCCAGAGGAGACCAGGAACACAUCAGCAGCAGUGCCUCUGUCGAGGCCAGCUCCGAACGGCGCAAUGGGUGCUUCGGCCACUGUGUCGAGAGUGCCGGCCGUGCAGGUGCAGACGCCGCCCGUGAAGAGAGGACCGCCUCCCCCAGCGCUGCCCCAGCUCAACUCGUUUGGGGUGAACGAGAAGACGCUGAGCUUCGAUGCGGACGACAUGUUCAAGAACAUCAAAUAGAACACCAGCAAAAACAAGGUGGCAUCGCAUACAUGCGCGGUGCGUGUAAUGGAUUGGAGCUUCAUGACGAUAGUCGAUUCUGGAACAUGACCUGGAGUUUAUGAGAUUGAUUGUGGAUAGUAUAUUACGUUCUCUGUUCUUGCUUGUUGCAUAGCACACGAUACCCCGGGUCGACGCACGACGGCAGGAGGGCUGGCACGGUUUGGGGAUUGAUAUUGGAUCUUGGACGCUGGAAUUACUUUGUCGACAGCGGUGCUUGUGUGUGCGCUUGGCUGUGUUUGAGCGUUCGCUUCGGGGUUGUAUGUUAUCGCGAGGGCCGUUGCCGCUAGACUCUGCAAAUACCAUUCCUUAUGUCUUUACCACCGUGCUGCGUCGUCUUGGGGGUCGACGUUUUCUGCG